GCCCGUUUUGCGUUCUAGCUGGCUCAUUGGAGCUGCACUAAAGUAUAAAGUAUCGUCGUUAAAAGAGAAACAAAGUUUAGAGAAAAAAGAGCGGAAAAUAGCAUGCCUUUCUCGCUUUCACAAAGCAAUAAUGUUGGUAGACUUUAGUUUCUACAAGUCUUUGGGGGUGAAUAUAUGAGAAAGGUGGUCGGAGCGGUGGUGCUGAUUCAAAGGGAAAGGGGAUGAGAGAGAGAGAGCGGGGGGGAGUGGACAUUCUGAGCUUUGUUGGCUUUUUGUGCUUUUGUAGCUGUGGUUGCUGACAAAGUUGAGGAACAACUCAUCUUUUUUAUUAAUGGCUUCUUUGGGUUUUGUUGGGUGGUUUCAGCAAUAUGUGGGGUGUUCAGGGUUGAAGAAGUGAACAGAGCUGAAAGAGGAUUUGUAAAGGAAUGUCGAUUUCUGCGUUCUGACCAAGACUUCGUGGAGCAUGAAUGGUGUCGGUCGUCUGUGAUCCAUUGGAGAAACAAAACAAAGGAAAAGGAGAGAGCACAUAUCUAGAACCAUAAACAACUAAAAAAGAGGGGGGUGGGGGGUUGUGUCAGUUUUGAGCAAGUGGGGGUGUCUCUGGGUUUGGAAAUUAUUUAUGCUUCAGGGAGGCUGUUGGCAUGUCUCCUAAUCGACCUUCUUAGCCCGGGGUCCUUGGGCUGUGUUACCAAUCUAGGAAGCCACCACUUCUUUGGGUCUCUUCCCAUUCAAGUGAAGGAUUUUUAAAAUUUACACAUAAACACUCUCUCUGUGGCCUUGAUUUGUGGGAAAGAUUCGGUAAUACCAGGAAAUACCAUAACUUUCUUUGAUCCAUCCUUCCUUGGCAAGAACAUCAUCAUAAAGUUGGUCGCUUUCAGGUGUUCAACCCCUGCUGGUGCGAUUCACUUCCUAUUCUUUGAGGAGGAUUAGAUUUGAUUGGUGGUGCUGCUUCUGCUUCUGUGAUUAUCUUUUCUAUAUAACCUUCAGUUUACCAAAAUGAAAUUUAUGAAGCUUGGAUCUAAGCCUGAUUCUUUUCAGACUGACGGGGACAAUAUUAGAUAUGUCGCAACUGAGUUGGCAACUGACAUAGUCAUUAACACGAGGGAUGUGAAAUUCUAUUUGCAUAAGUCUCUACAGUUUCCACUUUUGUCCAAGAGCGGACGCUUACAGAAACUUGUUGCAACCGCAAAUGAGGAAAACAUCUAUGAAACUCAAAUUCAGGAUAUUCCUGGUGGACCUGCUGCUUUUGAAAUAUGUGCCAAAUUCUGUUAUGGGAUGACAGUUACUCUCAAUGCAUACAAUGUGGUUGCAGCUCGAUGUGCAGCCGAGUACCUUGAGAUGUAUGAAAGUAUUGAGAAAGGAAACCUUAUCUACAAGAUUGAUGUCUUCCUCAAUUCUAGCGUCUUCCGGAGUUGGAAAGACUCGAUUAUUGUUCUUCAAACCACAAAGUCUCUUCUUCCAUGGUCCGAGGAACUUAAAGUGGUCAGCCACUGUCUUGAUUCCAUAGCUUCCAAGGCUUCCAUUGACACCUCCAAGGUGGAAUGGUCAUACACCUAUAACAGGAAAAAGCUACCAUACGAGAAUGCGAAUGAGCCACUCUGGAAUGGUGUGAGAAAGCAACAGCUGGUUCCAAAGGACUGGUGGGUAGAAGACCUCUGCGAGCUUCAACUCGAUUUAUACAAGCGGGUCAUAACAACAAUAAAGGCAAAAGGAAAAGUUUCUGAUGAUGUUAUCGGGGAAGCCUUGAAUGCAUAUGCUCUGAGAAGGUUGCCAGGUUUUAGCAAGGGUAUUAUUCAGGGUGGGGAUACAAAAAAGAAUAGAUCAUUGGUGGAUACCAUAGUGCAGCUAUUGCCCACAGAGAAGGGAAGUGUCUCCUGCAGUUUCUUAAUUAAGUUGUUGAGAACAGCAACAAUGUUGGAGUGUGGAGAAAUGGAAAGAUGGGAAUUGACAAGGAGAAUUGGCCAGCAACUCGAGGAGGCAACAGUGGCGAAUCUUUUAAUUCGAACUCCAUCUGGGAAAACAACACCAUAUGAUGUUGAUAUGGUGCAAAACCUAGUUAAGGAGUUUUCAAUGCAGGUCCAGAAUGCUCAAAUUGAUUCCCCUAUCGAAAAUGAAUUCCAAGAGAUUAGAAUCUCAAGGCUUGUGCCAGAUGCUUCCAAGGCAAUGGUAGCAAAGCUGGUUGAUGGCUACCUUGCCGAAAUUGCAUGUGAUCCCAGUUUACUUGUGUCAAAAUUUGUCAGUCUUGCUGAAAUGGUAUCGAGCUUCUCAAGACCAUCUCAUGAUGGACUUUAUCGUGCUAUUGACAUGUAUCUGAAGGAACACCCUGGGAUCAGUAAGAGUGAGAGGAAGAGAAUAUGCAGGUUGAUGGACUGCAGGAAGUUGUCAGCUGAAGCGUGCUUGCAUGCAGUUCAAAAUGAGCGGCUUCCUUUGCGAGUUGUAGUGCAGGUCCUUUUCUUCGAGCAGCUUAGAGCUACCACAUCUGCUGGCAACAACACACCUGAGCUUCCUGGUUCAGUCAGGGCCCUACUCCCUGCUGGCUCUCAUGGGAGUUCAAGGUGUACAACAAUCAGCACGGAGGAGGACUGGGAUGCCGUGCCAACAGCUGAGGAUAUAAAGGCUUUGAAAGGGGAGCUCACUACUCUGAGAUUAGGAGGUGGAGCGGGUUGUUGUGACGCAAACUAUGAUAAAAGUAGUGCGGAAAAAGUUGCUGCCAAUAAGAUGAAAGGUUUGGUGAUGUCAAAGCUGUUUUCAAAGCUCUGGUCAAGCAAAGAAAGAAAUGGUGAAAUUAGCAGCUGUGAUACAUCAGAAAGCCCUGGUUCCACCAAUGCCAGAUGAAACAAAAUCCACCCCUUGCCGAAGUAGGAGGCAAUCAGCAUCUUAGUUACAGACACAUAUGGUUUGUAGAAUUGGAGAACAGCUAAUUUGGAGGGCCAGUUUAUAAAAAUUCUCUCACUCAGUUGACAUUUAGGAAAUUAGAAGCCACUGACGGCCAGUUCAUAAAAAUUCAAAGGCAAAUAAAUUCUUUUAUGCUCGCU